AUGGAUGACCUUUAUGAUGAGUUCGGUAAUUACAUCGGAGAGGCCGAGUCGGACGAGGAGCAACAUGACCAGGUACCGGAAGCCUUCAAGUUCGAUGAAGCUUUUGAAGAUGAGGAGGAAGAUGAGAAUAUCAAUGACCAGCAAUUAAUGGAGCUUGAUGAAGGACCUUCCAACGCCGUGAUAUUGCAUGAAGACAAACAGUACUACCCUAGCGCUCAGCAAGUAUACGGUGCCGAUGUCGAGACUCUAGUCCAAGAAGAAGAUGCGCAACCUCUGUCCGAGCCGAUUAUUGCUCCCGUCCAACAGAAGAAAUUUGCGCUCGCAGAGACCGAGCUACCACCGGUUUAUUUCUCUCGAGAGUUUAUGUCUGAUCUUCUCAAUUUCCCAGAGCAAAUCAGAAACGUCGCUAUCGUGGGCCAUUUGCACCAUGGCAAGACCGCGUUCAUGGAUAUGCUGGUAAAACAGACCCAUGACCUGACAGAGCGAUUACAGAAGCGGAUAGGCAAGCGCAAGGAGGAACAGAUCCGAUACACCGACGUGCAUUUCCUAGAGCGGGAGCGUGGUCUCUCGGUCAAGGCCGCGCCAAUGAGCUUGGUUCUCCCUGGAACCAAGGGCAAAUCCCAUCUCCUCAACAUCAUUGAUACCCCCGGACACGUGAACUUUGUUGAUGAGGUAGCUGCAUCUAUUCGCUUGGCUGACGGUGUUGUCCUGAUCGUUGAUAUCGUGGAGGGCGUUCAAGCGAACACUGAGCAGAUCAUCAAGCACGCAGUCUUGGAGGGCCUUCCACUGACCCUAGUUGUCAAUAAAGUGGACCGCCUCAUUCUGGAGCUUAAGUUGCCGCCGAAUGAUGCCUAUUUCAAGUUGAAACAUGUGAUUGAAGAGGUCAAUACAGUCAUUGAGAACGUUCUACCAGGCCAAGGCGAGCAGCGUCGAGUCAGCCCGGAAAAGGGCAACGUCGCCUUUGCAUCCAGCUCAAUGAACUGGUGUUUCACUUUGCAGUCAUUCGCCCGAAUGUACGCAGACACUUAUCCCCGACUCGACUCUACCGAAUUUGCUGCUCGACUUUGGGGGGAUAUCUUCUAUAAUCCUCGCAGCCGAAAAUUCACUCGCAAGGGUGUGGAAGAGAACUCGAAGCGUUCCUUUGUCAAAUUUGUCCUGGAGCCCAUCUACAAGCUCUAUUCCCAUUCACUCAGUGAGAGUCCCGAAGAUCUCAAGCAAACGCUUGCUAGCGUGGGUGUCAGUUUAAAGCCCUCGCAAUUGAAGACUGAUGCAAAGGAGCUCCUGAACCUUGUUUGUGAGCAAUUCUUCGGUCCCCCUACUGGAUUUGUGGACAUGGUUGUCCAGCAAAUUCCUUCCCCGGUUGAUGGAGCCCAGAGAGCAUUGGAUCGAUAUUACACUGGUCCACUGGACUCAAAGGUUGCGUCAUCUAUGGCUUCUUGUGAUCAAGAUGGACCUCUAGUCAUUCACAUCACCAAGCUCUUUAGCACCACUGAUGCUACGGGUUUCUCGUCCUUUGGAAGAAUCAUGAGUGGUACCGCCAGACCAGGUCAACAGGUUCGCGUUCUCGGUGAGGGUUACACGCCCGAAGACGAGGAAGACAUGGUCAUUGCGACUAUAUCAGACACCUGGAUUGCGGAAACCGCUUACAACAUUUCCACGGAUGGUGUCCCCGCCGGUAAUUGGGUUCUGCUUGGGGGCGUAGAUAACUCCAUUGUGAAAACAGCUACUUUGGUGCCUCUCAAAUUGGAAGAUGACGAAGAGCCCUACAUCUUCCGGCCUAUUCGACACAUGACCGAGUCAGUAUUCAAGGUAGCAGUGGAACCGGUCAACCCGUCUGAACUGCCCAAGAUGCUGGACGGCCUGCGCAAAAUCAACAAAAGCUACCCCUUGAUCUCUACCAAGGUCGAGGAAUCUGGUGAACACGUGGUCUUGGGUACAGGCGAGCUAUACAUGGACUGUGUGCUUCAUGAUCUUCGACGGCUGUAUUCUGAGAUGGAGAUCAAGGUCUCCGACCCGGUCACCCGUUUCUGUGAGACGGUGGUUGAAACCUCUGCCAUGAUGUGCUACUCUAUUACCCCGAAUAAGAAGAACAAGAUCACGAUGAUCGCCGAGCCAUUGGAUGAGGGGGUUGCAGAGGAUAUCGAAAGUGGUAAAGUCAGCAUCAAGGACCCUAUCCGCAAGGUUGCCCGCUACUUUGAGGAUCACUACGACUGGGAUAAGCUCGCAGCUCGCAGCAUCUGGGCGUUUGGCCCUGACGAGAUGGGACCGAAUAUUCUCCAGGACGACACAUUACCAUCUCAGGUGGACAAGAAGCUUCUGGGGACUGUCCGGGACUCAAUCACUCAGGGAUUCAGCUGGGGUGCGAGGGAGGGUCCGUUGUGUGAAGAGCCCAUUCGAAACACCAAGUUCAAACUCACAGAUGUAUCCCUUGCUGAUCAGGCCAUCUAUCGAGGUGGUGGUCAGAUCAUCCCCACGGCUCGUCGGGCGGUAUACUCGUCAUUUUUAAUGGCAUCCCCCCGGCUCAUGGAGCCAAUCUAUUCCUGCACCAUGACAGGUCCUGCCGAUGCGGUUGCUUCGGUGUAUACCGUCCUGUCGCGCCGACGAGGCCACGUCCUGUCCGACGGUCCCAUUGCGGGAACCCCCCUCUACUCCGUGCGGGGACUCAUCCCAGUGAUUGACUCGUUCGGUUUUGAGACAGAUCUUCGCAUCCACACCCAAGGUCAGGCCAUGGUCAGUCUUGUAUUUGAUAAAUGGAGUGUGGUACCGGGUGAUCCGCUGGACCGAGAUGUCAAAUUGAAGCCAUUGGAGAUGGCCGGGGCCAUGGCUACUGCGCGAGACUUUGUUCUGAAGACAAGACGGCGCAAGGGGUUGGCAGAGGAUGUGACGGUCAGUAAGUUCUUGGAGCCGGAACUGUGGAAGGGCCUGAAGGAGAGUGGUGUUUUAGACUUAUGA